AUGGAAAUGUGUGAACGGAAUCCUUUAAAUGCCGGCUAUGUUGGUUCUCUGCUGAAUUUUGCUCCCUCAGAGUCGCUGUAUUUCUCUAACUUGCGGGGCAAUGGAGCCCAUAUACCCGGGCUUCAUCAGAUCCCAUACAAUAGGAGAGAUGUGUGCACGCUCCCGUGGACCUCCUCAAGUUCGUGCACGUCUCCACCACCAGCACCACCACAGAGCCGCGCCUUUGGGGGCUACUGUCCGCCGUUUCUGUCCGGCUCGGUGUCUCUGAACACUAAUCCGUCCACCAGCCAUGGCAAGGCGCAUUUGGAGGAGUCGGCAAGAUACUGCUUUCAGGACACACACCACAAGACAGAAGACUCCGGUAAAGCUCAAGUUUACGCUGCAGAGCAUGGAGCCACCGGUGCCCGCAGCUCUAAAUAUGAAUACUCAGAUCUGGACAGUCAGUCGCACGGCUCUGCAGCCCAUCUCGACCCAAAUCCAGCAGGCCCACCCAGUGUGAACGGCACCAAACAGGCGCAGAAUCAGCCAUCAUCCACUAACACGUGUUCCAGGACGACUUUCCCUGACGGUGCCCCGUGGUGCUCCUCACAAGUGAGAACCAGAAAGAAGAGAAAGCCUUACUCGAAGCCACAGCUUGCUGAACUUGAGAAUGAAUUUAUGAUGAAUGAGUUCAUAAACAGACAGAAAAGGAAAGAGCUGUCAGACAGACUGGACCUCAGUGACCAACAGGUGAAAAUCUGGUUUCAGAACCGCAGGAUGAAGAAAAAACGACUUAUGAUGCGCGAACAGGCAUUCUCGGCAUACUGA